AUGUCCUACGUCCAUUGCCAACACACUUCCGCCGACACGCCUCCCUGCAGGUGUCCAGUCUGGGAACCUUCCGCAGACGACGAGUCGGCAAGCAAACUAGCCUGUGAUACGUGUGGCCAUCGUGAGGAGUGGCAUUUCCCUCUGGUCGAGAACGAAGAGGACAGCGAGAUCGAGCGGUGCAAGUCCAGCUGGCCCAACGGCCAGCCGUGCACUUGCCCAACCUGGGUCGCCUCGGAGGAGCCUGCUAAAAACCCUGGGUGUGCACUGUGCGGCCACAAGAAAGGCUGGCAUCGACCGACCAUCACCCGGGCUUCUUCAACUCAGGGCGCCCCAGCAAAGAUACAACCAUUGCCAUCUUCGGCAGAUGUUUUCAAGCUACAGGAAUCAAACUGGCACGCACGAGCGCAAUCCUGUGGGACUGGCAGUGCCGAUGACAGUUUGAGGGUACGCUCUUGCUCAGCCAACUCGUGGGCACCUGGCACAAAGUCCAGCUCGGCCAGCCAUCAAGCGCCCUCAGAUCCGUCUGGAGUCGGGUUCAACUCAUUCUUCAUUCCUGAUAGUCCCGCUACAUCUUCUCAUAGCUCUGUCUGGUCAUCCGCCGUCCCACUCCCAACGGGGCAGACUCCUCCAGUCCAGGCACAACUCGCCGCCGAACACAUGCGAUUCAUUCUUUCUGAGCUGGAUGAUGAAGAAGACGAGUCGACUGACCCCGACACUAGUUUCGCCAACAAUAUCAGCUCACCAAAUAGCCAUUCCAGAGGGGACAGCGGGGCUCGGUCGGUGUACAACCAUGAUAGAUCUUUCUCUCGCGCAUCUCAAUCUUCCUUGUAUUCCUUCGAAGGGCCGAUAGCGAAUCAACAAUGGUCAAGGGGCGGAAACUCACCCUCACCCUCUUUCAAACCGUUUGAUACCCAGUCAAUCAGAUCCAAUUCAUCCUUUGCAUCUCAAGCAAUGCCACGGGCUUCUGCUGAUCACAACUCAUGCUCUGGUAGCAUGUCUUUUUCUUCACUUGCGGGAUCAGCAUACUCGAGCAGUCCAGCAAGGACCACCACCCAGCCGAAGGACUACAACAUUCGGCUCAAUGAGCUAGAUUUGACUGGAGGAAGCUCUACGCCUGCAAGCUCCCAGCUUCGCCCCCCGUCCGCAACACCAUUGCUUGCCCAGACGACCUCUGAAACCUUCGUCGAGGAAUUGCCCGUCGAUCGACCCAAACAUCCCUCAGAGGAGCGCACGGGAAGAUUUGCGGCUAAACCUACCGAUAUUGCCUCGAACACGCCUUUGGAUGAUGAGGAUGGAUCAGUGGCCAAAGUCAAGCCCUUCCAAAGCAACAUCCAAUCGAUCGUUUGUGAGGAGAUACGCGUCUUGGACCAACAUACAGAGACCACAGGAACUCUCAAACCCGUGUCAAUACCAGAACAACUACGACAUAACCCUAAUCAAUCAAGAAAAGAGAAAGUCGAAUCUUAUAAAACUAAAGACCAAGCCAUGUCACUUUCCAUUUCCCCAUCCCCAUCUUUAACCACCUUUUUUCCAGGAGACUACCUGGACGUAACCAUCCGGUUAAACAAUAACACGACUGAUCAGGAGAUCGUUUCGCCCCUGGAGUUCGAGCAACAGCUCGCGAAGUGGAAGAACAUCACUUUCCAGCUCAGUGGCACGGUCACCCAAAACGGAACCACCGAGCACGAGAUCUUCAACUUAUCCCAGACCGUCCAUCUUUCCGAACAACGUCAACAAAAUGCUAACAAGACUGGCUGGCAAUUCAAGUUGAAGAUACCCACACACACCAAUUGCAGUUGUGGUCCUGGCCACUUGCCCUUACCAAGCAGUUGCUCUAACUCCGUCGGUCAUGUCAGCUAUCACUUGAUUUUGAAAGGAAAGAAAAAAAUGUUUCUAUCAAAGGCUUCGACUUCGGCAGAGAGUAACCUAUUUGUAGGCUUGAAAUUGAAGAGUAACUUGUCAGAUCCGCGGCAACAUCUUCUGACGUUCCCCGAGUCUGUCCGGCCUUUGUCCUCUUGGAUCGGACUGAAUGGAGGUCACAAGGCUGCUAUCACUAACACACUGCUCACCUACCAAGUCGAAUUUCUCUCAAGCAAUACUUUAAGGAUCAUAUACGAGGUCGAUCUACAAUUAUCACCAGACUCAGAAUUGUCCGCUCUCAAUAUGCGCCUGUUUGAAGAGGUCUCUUCAACGCUGAAAGUUACUAUCACUUCGCUGAACCAGUUGAUGCAAUCACAUGCCAAGACUGGCAGUGGGUAUGUGAAUGUUGGACGAGAAAACCAUGACGCGGACUUUAGUGUCCGAGAUGUGAGGUCAAAAGCUAUGCCAACAAGGUCUGAGACGACCGGGCUGAUCACAUGGAAAACGUCCGGCUAUCUUCAAAUGGAGCUCUUUGGUCCCACCGAGCCCGGCUCUUCAUUUGGGCCGACACCGAAAAAAUGUUUGAUGGAGCAGCUGCGGUCGUACGCAGCCAAAGCUGAUCUUCCAUCCUCCGCCAAAGAUAUCGCGUCCCAGUGGAUCUUGAGGGCUUCCAUCCAAUCCGUGCUUUUGUCGCAGCCACUCAACAUCCGUGGUACCUUGGUCGACCUACAGUCGACCUGUGCGGCCAGAGCAAUUGUCCAAGGAAUACCUCUCACUCUCAGGUGA